CCCCCAGGGCGCAGCGCGAGGACUGGAUCCGCGCCAAGUACGUGGAGAAGAAAUUCGUCACCCGCCUGCCGGGGGGGGUGGCCAAGCCCCGCCCCCCGCGCCCAGGCCCCGCCCCCCGAGGAAGCCCCGCCCAUCGCGGCUCCCAGGAGCCCAGCGAGGCCGAGGCCCCCCCCAGCCUGCACCCCGGGGCGCUGCUGUACUGGGCGGCCCAGCACCGCCGCCUGCCCACCAUGGCCGACGCGCUGGCCCACGGCGCCGACCCCGGCUGGGUGAACGCGGCCGAGGAGAACCGCACGCCCCUGCUGCAGGCCGUGGCCGCGAACUCCCUGCUGGCCUGCGAGUUCCUGCUGCAGAACGGAGCCAACGUCAACCAGAGCGACUGCCACGGGCGGGGGCCGCUGCACCACGCCACCAUGCUGGGCCACACUGGCCUGGCCUGCCUCUUCCUGAAGCGGGGGGCUGACAUGAACGCAGUGGACGCGGAGGGGAAGGACGCCCUCACCAUCGCCAUCGAGCUCGCCAACGCCGACAUCGUCACCCUGCUGCGGCUGGCCAAGAUGCGGGAGCUGGACGUUGCCCAGGGGCAGACCGGUGACGACACCUACCUCGACAUCUUCCGCGACAUCUCCCUCAUGGCCUCCGACCACCCCGAGAAGCUUGCCCGCCCCCACCACAAGCUCACCACCCUCUAGCUCCGCCUUCUCAGGCCAUGCCCCACCCCGUCUGGGAAGGCCCCGCCCCCCCGGGGCAGGCCCCACCCCCUUGCAGGCAGCUACCAAUAGAAUAAAGCCAUGCCUCGGCCUCCUCCCCCCCACCACA